UGCGUGCUCCUGCACCUGCAGAAUCCCACCGAGGACCGGCCGCAGCAGUUCUGCGGAGGGGUCGCCUCCGUUGUGGAAAAUCACGACCACCUCACUUCUCGAUUGGCGCGUUCUAACCCUAGAGACCUGAAACAGCACGCACGGAUACGCCGGUCAUCUUCUCGGUUUGACGACCUCAGUCAGAGGAGGAAUGGCUUGAAUACAGAUCGGAGUUCUGUUCGGUGGAUGGAAUUGCUUCCACCGUCGGAGGCGCAGCAAGCUCUUUCGAGUUUUGAGCCGUUGUGGGCCACUCCUCCAGGCACCGCAGUGGACGCGCUGUCUCAACUGCCCGAAACCAGUGCCCUACCCCACUUUCGCUCUCCUCGCGACUCCAGCACGCACGCGCGGCGGCCCGCUCCGGGGCCCUGCACCCUGAAGCAAUUGAACCCAUGGAUGCGCACUUCCACGAUGAUGGCGCGGCCAGCCGGUUCAGUGCCCUCGGCCAAGAUGUCGCCGCUGUUCAGGCGCUUGGAGACCCCACGGAUCUCGAUUUUGACUUCGACAACUUCUGGUCUGCGGGCGUCAUGGACCUUGAGCCCGAUCUCAGCCUGAACUACGGUUCCCAGGCCACGUCCUUCCCCGCAGAUCUUCUGUUCGCCGAGGACGAAGGCGUCUUGCCGAGUCUCUCCGGCUACGAUGGCCAGCCUCCAUCCACCUCUACCGCCAGCACCAUGCCGGUCGUCCAGCGGGCUCAACCCUCCCCCACGCCCACCGAUUUUUCAAUGUCGCGCUGUGAUGCAGGGUCCGAGGAUUCGAAGCACCUCGACGACGGCGCGCACGGCCACGGCAUGGCGCACCAGCGGUUGCGCCGGCAAUUGUCUCUUCUGUCCAAGGGCUGGGCCGGUGAUGAGAUCAGGUUCAAGAAUUGCGACCCCGCCAAGGCCGUCGUCCUGCACAGCCUGGCCAUGGAGCUGGGCUUGGGUUACAGCCACGAUGUCAGGAGUCGCGAGGUCGCCAUGUCCCGGCUCAACCAUGCUCCCCCGCAAUCACAACCGCCGCUCGCCUCCGGAUCUCUCGCUUCCUCGCUUUCCCGUUCCUCCACGGAGCUUGAUUCUACUCUUUGCCUGCCUGACCUGCCCGUGGUUCCAGAGUUCCUUCCGAUCCCCGAGAGCGCAGUCCCGGACACCUACGGCCCGAGCCUUCUGCCCUCGCAACCAACCCCACCCAAAACCGUCCCGACGGACCAGCCAUUAGCACGGCGCCCGAGCCGCAGCGAACGCAUCAUAUCAACCCUCAAGACGUCCAUUUCCAAAGGCGGACGACGAGGGCCCCUGAGCGAGAAUGGCCGGCGGGAUAUGAGGGCCCUGGAAGGCGCUGGCGGCGCUUGCUGGAGAUGCAAGGUCCUCCGCCGCAAAUGCGACCCUGGCGGCCCGUGUAGGUGCUGUCUGCAGAGCGUCCCCACUCCGCAUCUCGGGGAAGAUGCGCCUCUGUGGCCGCUGAUCGGCUGCCGGCGAGGUCCUCUCCGGGAUUCGGUCCCGCCACAACUGCUGUGUCCCGGCUCGACCCGGCCAUGCGGCCUUGAGGCUGGGGAAAGCCCUGCUGUGUCCCAGCGGUGCCGCUCUGUUGACGCGGCUGACCGAUGUCUCCUCGCUGCCGAAAGCCAGAGACUGGCCGACAUGAAGGCCGUUUUCGAAGGCGCAUCACACAAGCUUUCGAUCACGGACCAUAGUCUUCACAAUUCCUUCUGCGCUUUCAUCGAAACUGGGCGAUACCGCGACCGCGACUCGCUCCAAAGAAGCUACUCGUCGGGGGGUAAAGCGUUCACGUACACCGAGCUGAUCGCCGUGAUCGCCUGGGAGCUAGCAGAAAACCAAGGCCUCCUUUCCUUGCUCGAGAUCAAAUCGUGGGAGAGCUUCAUGCGGAUGCUAGAAGCCGCGUGCGUUUACGAAUCAGAGGUUGGCCAGACCUCCCUGGUGAUUCUCUCCAUGGUCUGCCUCAAACACUGUCUCGAAGCACUGCGGCUCCACGCAGCAAAUCUUCUCUCACCCGAGGCCCACGAAGAUUGCCGCCGCGGCCAGUGCAGAGUCGAGUGCAUACGCAACCUCAGCUCGAAAGUUGCAGCUUAUGUCGACGAGCUGUCCUCCGUCAUCUUCAACAAGGAAAACAUGCGGGAUCGCCGCUGGUGGCUUUCGACCUUCUACAGCUUCCAUAUCCAGGGGCCUGUGCGGCAUGCCUUGAUCGCCAUCGAAAGGCAGCUCCGCUUCCAGUCCGCCGACGACGUGCCGGCCGAAGAACUUUCAGCCACCCAGUACCUGCACCUGCCUGCGGUAUUGUUCACCGCUGCGUCGGCCAAGUACGAUCCUCUCCUGGACGGGAGAUUGCACUACGCCCUAACCGAUAGUUCGGUAAUCCCGGAGGCUUCGGUCCCAGAGCUUCAUCAUUCAUCUGCACGGGUGGCUUUUGAGGUGGAUAAGUGGCACGAGGCCGGCAUCAGGUCACCGUAUCAAUUUCUCAGGCGACUUCUUCAAAUCGGUUCUCUAGACUUCCCUGAUUCAGGGCCUUUCGCCCCGGGCAUGUCAGGGUCGAGAUCCCCCAUGGCCAUCGACACCCCAUCCGCGGCUCACGCCAAGAUCGAACCGCCGAUCUCCCCCAGGCUUGUUGGUGGGCGGGAUAGCCUGGCCUUCCAGCGGCCGUUCCCCGGUCACGGUAAGAGGGAUUCGAUCGGUAGCUGUUACUCGGCGCAACCCUCGAGCAUGUUCUCCAACCAGAGCUCGGACAGCUUGCCACGGACCUUCACAACCGAUAUGACGAGCUUGUACGAGUCCUCCUUGGUUGCCAGGAUGUCCUUCUCCGGCAGUGUCACGAACCUGAAUGCCGACCUGGGCGUCGACCUCGGCACUGUCGAUCCAACAGCGCUGUUCUCGGGUCAGCAUAACGGCUCGUCGCAAUCACUGGAUCAAAUACUGCGAGAGAGUGCACUGAAGAAGGAACCGCCAGCUGUCGGCCAAGACCCCACCUUCGUCUGCAGCUGUUGCCCCAGGGCACCGAGGCAGUUCCACACGAGGGAGGAAUUAGCACUUCACGAAGCCGAGAAACCCCAUCCGUGCUCGCAGUGCAAGAAGCGCUUCAAGAGCCCCACUGAGGCCGAGCGGCACAUCAACGCCAUCCACGUCAAGUCCGACUUCUGGUCCUGCAAGGGGCUCGAGAACCCGCUGCUGGCGUUCCACGCCGACGUGUGCGAGGGCGUGGUCUGGGAUCUCUGCGGCUUCUGCGGCGGCGGCUUCGCCCGCACGGCCGACGGGCAGCGCGACGAGGCGAGCCUCGUCGACCACGUCGAGUCGGUGCACCACGUCGGCCAGUGCGACCGCAACAAGAACUUCUACCGCGCCGACAACUUCCGGCAGCACCUGCGCAACUCGCACGCCGCGGCCACGGGCAAGUGGUUGAAGACCUUGGAGAGGGCGUGCUGGAGCACGACCGAUGCGGUGUAAUGCGUCGAUGGCUAAAGCGAUAAUAGGGGUUGGUGCCCCUACCGGCGUUCAUAAAGUUUUGGAUAUAUUUUCCUGGGAUAUUAGCGAGUAUCAGGCGUUCUGGAUACUGCGAUACAGCGCGCGGGGCCGGUACUUCCCACGCGACAAGAAAGCAUUAAUACUCCAUGUUCGAAUCUCAGAAACCAUGUUGCAAGCAGAUUAUACUGUCUGCACUCACUCACCACCAGGGGCACCCAAGAGCAUUAAGUGGAGAAUAGAACUAUACAAUUAGAUCCUCAAAAGAGAGGAAUAACAUUAUAGCCCUGAUCCCGGGCCUGAAGAAGGAAGGUAGUUGGCUACGAUAACCCCC